AUGUUAGUCUUGCUUCAGAAAGCAUGGAUAAGACCUUUUUAUGUGCUAAGCCGGUCUAUUCAUAGCCAGUAUUUAGUUACGAAUGAAAGUAACGGCACCCGUGAAAUAACUUUAAGUCACGAGAAAACAAAGAACUCACUAUCACUGGAUAUGAUGUGCCACCUUAUAGAGGCUAUAAAUUUAAACAAGAAUGAUAAGUCAUUGAGGGCCAUAGUUUUAUCUGCUAAAGGCAAUGUAUUUUCUGCAGGCCAUAAUUUAAAGGAACUACAAUCUAAUACCGGUACAGAUCAUCACAAACUGAUAUUCAAUAAAGCAAGUGAAUUAAUGCAGUCUAUCAUCCAAAGUCCUGUUCCCGUUAUCGCCAAGGUAAAUGGCUUCGCAACAGCAGCAGGGUGCCAGUUAGUUGCCACUUGCGAUAUGAUCAUAUGCUCUGACACCAGUAAAUUUUCAACACCUGGGGCUAACUUUGGAAUAUUUUGUUCGACGCCGGGAAUAGCUGUGGCAAGAUGUGUACCUAAGUCUAGAGCAACAUACAUGCUUUUCACAGGUGAACCCUUAUCAGCACAAGAAGCCUACGAUAGUGGGCUCGUAACUAAAGUGGUACCAGCAACAGAGCUGGAUCAUGAAGUAAAUAAGAUUAUUGAAAAAAUUAAAAUGAAAAGUCGCAGCGUUGUUACACUUGGAAAAGAAUUCUUUUACAAACAAAUAGAGUUGAAUAUAUUAGACGCUUACAAGUUGGGAGAAGAAAUCAUGGUUAAGAAUAUAAACACAAAGGAUGGGCAAGAAGGUAUAAAGAGUUUUGUCGAGAAACGAAAAGCGAUUUGGAGCCAUAUGUAA